CUGCCAUCUAGUGGCGCAUGUUGGAACCAGGAAGUGCGUUGAGCAGAAGUUAAGAAGUGCAGCAGAGUCCAUAAACAUGUCGCUCCUGCGUCGAGUGUGUCUUCUUCCUCUACUUUUGCGCUUGUUAAAGGCAUAAACUUUUUACAAAGUAAAAUGGAUCAGUAAACUCAAGACUGCUUCACGAGUGGUUACUGAAGCCAUAUGUUUAGCUCGCUGCAUAAGUUAAAGCCCUUAGCUGAAGGCAGAAGAGUAAAAAGUUUAACUACACAUCAAGUGCAUCGUCGGGGGCCUGAGACUCUCCACGCCAGUCAGCAGACAUGUCUAACCACGGAGACACCCCUCCGCUCUCCCAGCUAGAAGUCAGAUCAAAGUGCAGCUCGACUUCAUCACGCUGGUCAUCAGUCAGCCUUGCUGCAGCAAAAGCACGAGCCAACGCUGAAGCCGCCAGCACCAGAGCAGAGUACGCCAAGCGCCAAAUAGACAUGGAGGUCGAACGGGCACGCAUCGAAAUGGAAAAAACUCGGCUGGUAGCUACUAUGAACGCCCUGAAGCAAGAGGGAGAGGCUAAAGCAGCGCUCGCAGCAGCAAGGGUCCUUGAGGCUGCAGUUUUGGACCAAACAGAGCUGGAAGAGCCGCCAGAUAUUCCCACUACAACAGCCAUGGCUGCCGGCCGCACUCAAGAAUAUGUAAACACUCACUUUCACAAUGAUGCUAAUGUGGAAGAUGAGACAAAGCCUGAUAUAGAACAAAAGUGGGACAUAAACAACACCAACAAUGUCGAGCCAAGCCGACCAACAGCUAUGACACAUGCAUGUGAGUACACCCCCAGCUAUCGACCUAUCAGACAACCCGAGCCACCGCCAUUUCAUUCCCCCAACUACACUGAAGCAUAUAACGUCCCAUCUCCAUCUUUGCGCCAACAAACUAAUGUAUCAGACCUCGCUGUGCUCCUCUCACGUCGUGAUCUACUGACAGCAGGACUCACAGUCUUUGAUAACAAGCCAGAGACCUAUGUAGCAUGGAAAUCUAUGUUUCACAACGCCACUGGGGAUUUGAACUUGAAAUGCUGCGAAGAGCUUGAUCUACUGACUAAAUGGCUGAGCGGUGAGUCCCUCCAGCAUGCUCUGAGGAUCAGAGCCGUUCUCGUUAGCAACCCAGAAGCAGGUCUUGAACGUUUAUGGCAAAGGCUCGACAGAAAUUAUGGCUCACCAGAAGCGAUCGAGGCUUCACUGUUUAAUCGCCUUGAAAGUUUUCCCAAAGUUGGCCAUAAAGAAAGUCACCUCCUGCAGGAGCUUGCAGACCUUCUCCAAGAGCUCGAGGCGGCGAAAGAUGAAGGGUAUCUGCCAGGCCUCAGCUUUCUCGACACCUCAAGAGGAAUAAACCCAAUUGUGGAAAAGCUCCCUGGCGGCCUGCAGGAGGCGUGGGUCAGAGAAGGGUCAAGAUAUAAAAAAGAUCACAAAGCUCACUACCCACCUUUCUCCUAUUUUGUCCAGUUUGUCAACAACCACGCAGAAAUGAGAACAGACCCCAGCUUCAUCCUGCAAAGCUGCGGCUCUACACACAUGAAAGCAGAAAGGACACUAGUGAGACAGACACGCUUCAAAGUCCCAGUCACAACAAACAAAACACAGGUCGGUGCGGCUAACAAUGAACCAAAAGCUGCCCCUCUUGACCCCAAUAAACAGUGUCCAGUGCACAAGAAACCACAUUCUCUCACCAAAUGUAGAGGAUUCAGAAUGAAGGCAUUGGAUGAGAGGAGAAGUUUGCUUAAGGAGCUGUCAAUCUGCUACAAGUGUCUCUCAUCAACAGAGCACAGAGCUAAAGACUGUAGAGCUACCAUUCACUGUGUGGAGUGCAACAGUGAUUCACACACCUCUGCCAUGCAUGCUGGGCCACCCCCAUGGACAGAUACAGGCCCUGGCAUCCCACCAUUGGCCCAUGGCGGGGAGCCGGAUACCCAAAGCCCCACAGUGACCACAUCUAGCUGCACUGAGGUAUGUGGACAGGGACUACAGGGAAAGUCCUGUUCUAAAAUUUGCCUGGUGAAUGUGUACCCCUGCUCAGCCCCCAAUGAAAAAAGAAAAACGUACGCGAUCUUAGAUGAUCAGAGUAAUGUGUCAUUAGCUCGGUCCCGCUUUUUUGACAUGUUCAACCUGCAUGGUGAGGCCCUCCCUUACACAAUGAAAACGUGCUCAGGAACAGUAAACACACAAGGGCGAAGAGCUCAUGGCUUUGUCAUCGAGGGCAUAAAUGGAAAAGUGUCAAUAACACUACCCAUACUCACUGAGUGUAACCAGAUCCCAGACAACAGAAGUGAGAUACCCACUCCUGAAGCUGCUGCAGCACAUCCUCACCUCUCUCAAGUAGCCACACAAAUACCGCCACUUGAUCCAUCAGCUGACAUUCUUCUCCUGCUGGGCAGAGAUGUGAUUCAGGCUCACAAGGUCCGCCGCCAGAUAAACGGCCCAAACGAAGCUCCUUACGCCCAACAGCUUGAUCUCGGGUGGGUAAUUAUUGGAGAUGUCUGCCUCUCAGGAGCUCACAGACCCACGGUGAACUCCUACAAGACAAACUUACUUGAUAACGGCCGCCCCAGUUUCCUCUCUCCCUGUGAAAACAGAAUCUACACAAAGGUAAAGUUCACAGAAGAAAAUCCCCUGUUUGAGAACAUGCAACCCAAAGAUGAGCUGAGCAAACACAUCUUUAAGCAAACAGCAGAUGAUGACAAACUGGCACUCUCUACAGAAGAUGAGUCGUUCCUGAAUGUUAUGCACCAUGGGUUUGUUAAAGAUGAGGCUAAUAACUGGGUCGCUCCCCUCCCGUUCCGUCAUCCCCGACUCCGCUUGCCUAACAAUAGAGAGCAGGCACUCACCCGCCUCAUGUCUCUACGCAAGACACUAAAGAGAAAGCCGGAAAUGAAAGGGCAUUUCGUGGAGUUUAUGAAGAAGACAUUCAACAAAGGACACGCAGAAAAGGCCCCUCUUCUUAAACCCCACCAAGAAUGUUGGUAUCUCCCAAGCUUUGGCAUUUACCACCCACAAAAGCCAGGCCCAGAUCUUAACAACGGCCUUGUAGGUGUGCUUCUCCGUUUCAGAGGUGAACCAUAUGCUGUGAUGGCUGAUGUGGAGCAGAUGUUUCACAACUUUAUGGUCAGGGAAGACCAUCGUGAUUACCUGCGCUUUCUCUGGUUCCGCGACCACGACCUGGAUGGAGAAGUGGACGAGUUUCGGAUGACAGUUCACGUGUUUGGAAACUGUCCAUCUCCCUCAGUCGCCAUCUAUGGACUCAAGAGAACUGCUGUGGAGGGAGAGAGUGAGUACGGCAGCGAGGUGAGGAAAUUCAUUGAGCACCAUUUUUAUGUAGACGACGGGCUAAAGUCAUUCGCCUCUGAGGACGAGGCAAUCGACAUCCUCACCAGAGCACAGAAAAUGCUAGCUCAAUCGAACAUCCGUCUCCACAAGAUUUCAUCUAACAGUCCUGUUGUCACCAGCACAUUCCCAGGAGAAGAUCUCGCUACAGGUCUGCAGGGUCUUGAGCUCGGACAGGAUGCACCACCCAUGCAAUACAGCCUCGGACUGGGCUGGAACUUGUCCACUGACCAGUUGUCGUUUCGAGUAGAGAUCACUGACAAGCCCUUCACCAAGCGUGGUGUGUUAUCAGUCAUCAACAGUUUGUAUGACCCGCUUGGGUUCGCUGCGCCAGUGAGCAUUGAAGGACGCUCCAUCCUGAGAGAGAUCUCCAAAAACAUCAGUGAAUGGGAUACUCCUCUACCUAAGGAGCAACAAGACAAGUGGCAGAGAUGGAAAGACGCUCUACAGCACUUGGAACAGCUCAAGAUCUCACGUAUGUAUACGUCCAUUUCACUGUCCAAAGCACAGAGAAAGGAUAUACAUGUGUUUUGUGAUGCAUCCACAAAAGCAGUCGGAGCUGUCGCCUACUUGAAACUCACCACUGCUGAUGGACACAGUGACGGGGGCUUUCUCCUCGGCAAAGCCAGGCUAGCUCCAAAACCAGACAUCACCAUUCCCAGAUUAGAGCUGUGUGCCGCAGUGCUGGCUGUCGAAGUAGCAGACAUGGUCCAAGAAGAGCUCGACUUUACGUUUGAUGAAGUCAGCUUCUACACAGAUUCUAAAGUAGUACUCGGCUACAUUUUCAAUGACAAGAGACGCUUUUAUGUGUAUGUACAUAACCGCGUUGAACGCAUCAGGCGCUCCACUCAGGCUCACCAAUGGCGUUAUGUGCCCACACAUUUAAACCCAGCUGACCAUGCCACACGUGGACUGCCUGCUGAACAUCUUUCCCACUCUACAUGGCUCAGUGGCCCUCCCUUCCUCACUGACUCAGGCCUAGGUCAAACACAGGAAAUGCCCUUUGACCUCAUUAACCCCGAACAUGACACUGAGCUGCGUCCAGAGGUUGUAUCCUGUGCUACCUCCCUCUCUAAAAGCACUCUCUGGGCAGCAAGGUUCGAAAGAUUCUCCAGCUGGACCCGCCUGUUAAAGACUAUCGCCAGGCUACGCCACAUCGUCACAUGUUUUAAGGCUGCAUCUGAGAGCAGAUGCCAUGGAUGGCACAAGUGUGACAAGAACAUUACUGAAGACCAGCUCCAGCAGGCUAAAGCCAUCAUCAUUCGUGCAGUGCAAAGUGAGGUGUACGCAGAUGACAUCAGGCACGUGGAACGUGGUGAGUCUGUCUCCAAGAAAAGCCCACUUAGCAAACUGAACCCAGUAAUGGACAGUAACAUGGUCUUACGAGUUGGAGGUCGGCUGACUAAGGCUCAACUCACAGCAGACGAAACACACCCUAUACUCCUCCCCAGUAAACACCACGUCACUCAGCUCAUAAUCAGACAAUUUCAUUCACAAGUACGCCACCAGGGCAGACACUUCUCCGAAGGUGCUAUCAGAGCUGCUGGUUUCUGGAUAGUGGGCGGGAAAAGAGCAGUCAGCAGUGUUGUUUUUAACUGUGUUACAUGUCGCAGAUUGAGAGGCAAACAACAAGAACAGAUCAUGUCAGACCUACCAGAAGACAGAAUGUGCACAGACCCUCCUUUUACAGGUGUUGGCCUAGAUGUUUUUGGCCCUUGGCCCGUCACAGUCAGGAAAACACGUGCAGGUCAGGCAGAAGCAAAGAGAUGGGCGGUAAUCUUCACCUGCAUGAGUACUCGGGCCAUCCACAUUGAAGUGAUAGAAGGCGCUGCCAAGCUGCUCAGAUCAGACUGUGGCACAAACUUUGUGAGUGCUUGCAGAGAACUUCACAUUGACAAAAAGGGCUGUCACAAUGACAAAAUCAACACCUAUCUUGGAAACAGUGGUUGUGAGUGGCAUUUUAAUCCCCCACACGCUUCCCACAUGGCUGGAUCAUGGGAGCGCAUGAUCGGCGUCAGUCGACGGAUUCUGGACGCAAUGCUGCUGCAGCACGGAAAGGCCAAGCUCACACAUGAAGUACUGGUGACGUUCAUGUCGGAAGUGACUGCUAUUGUUAAUGCAAGGCCGCUUACAGCAGUUUCCACUGACCCAGAGCAUCCUGAGAUUCUCACUCCUGCCAUGCUUCUCACGCAAAAGGCAGCCACCCCUCAGUCAUCCCAGUAUCUGGCCAAUCUCUUCUGGGGACGAUGGAAGAGAGAAUUCCUCAGUGACCUGCAACCUCGUCGCAAAUGGAGAACACCUAAACCCAACCUACAAGAAGGAGAUGUCAUCCUGCUAAAAGAUGGGCAAGAGCACAGGAACGACUGGCCCCUUGGUGUUGUUGCAAAGACCUUUCCCAGUCAGGAUGAAAGGGUCAGGAAGAUCCAAGUCAAGAUAACCCGCAACGGUGAACAGAGACUGUACUUGAGACCUAUCAGUGAGGUCAUCCUGCUGGUUCCGAGGAACCACACAUAA